AGAUAUAAGUUGUUCUUGAAUUUUUAUUUUUCAGUGUCGCAUACGACUGACGACCUGGUAUUCGAGUGGAACGAUCGAGAUCCACCCGUGGUACACACCGAUUUUCACCUGCCUCAGCUCGACCUAGAGUACACCGACCCACAAGACUGUACGGAGUCCUAUUCGACAGGUAACUUCACCUGCCUCCAGCUCACGUUCAAGCUGAAGCGACGACUGGGCUACUACAUGUUCCACACCUACAUCCCCACCUGCCUGAUUGUCGUCAUGUCCUGGGUCUCGUUCUGGAUAAAGCCGGAAGCUGUGCCGGCCAGGGUGACGUUGGGCGUCACCAGCCUCCUCACCCUGUGCACGCAACACGCCAAGAGCCAGGCCGACCUGCCUCCCGUGUCGUACAUCAAGGCCAUCGACAUCUUCAUGUCCUCCUGCACUGUGUUCGUGUUCGCCUCGCUCAUGGAGUACGCCGUCGUGAACGUCAUACUCGAAGACGGCUACAAGCACUUCGACGUAGUGCGAAGACGUGGGGAUCUGGAUAAUCCGUCCGAGCCAAGCUGGAGAGAACAAGGCCGACUUCGGGCUCUGCUCAUCGACAGAGUGUCGCGCGUGGUUUUUCCCACGAGCUUCGUGUUUCUGAACGUCUUCUACUGGUUCUUUUACGUGGUCUUCGCGUGACGCCAGUGCGUCACCGCAAACACGACGACAGAGCCUGACAUGCAAUGCUAUCGCACAGCUACUAGAGAGAGUCAGCGCGUCUGUUAUACGCGUGUAUAUAAAGCAACAGUGUUAUCGAAAUGCAUGGUUGCCCCACGAUGGUUGUGACACCUUGCAAAACUUCAUCUAACCGCAAAUUUCAGACUUGCAUCUGUA